AUGCAAAAAUUUCCGUGCAACUUUAAGGACGGCGAAGUGACCUACCAUCACGAGGGCAAUCCGCUUACCAACACGGAUCGCGUUCAGCUCUCCAUCUUCUUUUUUCGCAACAACCUCUCCGUCGUGCACACGCUGGAUCUGGUCGUCGAGGUAGUUGAUCCUCUGCCGCAGGUCCCGGGCUCCCUGGCUCUGCAGCCGAUUGGCUGGCUUCGCCGAGAUGGCCCCAACCGGACGGUGAAUCGCCGGAAUCGGGCAGCAGAGCGAUUGGUGAGUGUGCAAGUUGACCCGCCUUGGUUGAAUACAACGACCUCGAGGAAGCAGAUGAACUUGUAUGUAUUGAAUGUGUCACAGCAAAAAGGAGUAAUUACUUUGCUAAGCAUUUAA